AAACAGAGAUAAAUCCAAGAAAAUGACGCUGAAAGUGUACGCAGAUCGCAUGUCCCAGCCUUCGCGCGCAGUCAUCAUCUUCUGCAAAUUAAAUGGGAUAGAUUUUGAAGAAGUGAAAAUCGACCUUUCCAAGCGCCGCCAACUGACUCCUGAAUUUCGAGAUGUAAAUCCCAUGGCAAAAGUGCCUGCAAUUGUGGAUGGAAGGUUCAAGCUUUUUGAGAGCCACGCAAUUCUAAUAUACUUGGCCUGUGUGUUCCCUGGAGUUGCUGAUCAUUGGUAUCCUGCUGACGUUUUCAAAAGAGCAAAAGUCCACUCUGUGUUGGAUUGGCACCACUUGAACUUACGGCUCGGUGCCGCUUCUUAUGUACUCAAUUCGACUCUUGCCCCUGCGCUCGGACUCCCUUUGAAUCCACAAAAAGCAGAUGAAAGUGAAAAACUCCUCUCAGCUUCUCUUAUGAAGAUUGAAUCGGUAUGGCUUAGAGGAAAUGGACGUUUCUUGCUAGGAAGUUCACAACUAUCCAUAGCAGAUCUUAUUUUGGUGUGUGAGAUCAUGCAGCUUGAGGUUGUGGAUGAGAAGGAUCGAGAAAGAAUAUUGGGUCCCCACAUGAGAGUUUUGAAAUGGAUUGACGAUACAAAGAAUGCAAGCCAGCCUCACUUUGAUGAAGUACAUUCGGUCCUUUUCAAACUCAAAGAGAAACUCAAGAAAAUGAGAUCUCAAGGAGGAAUCGGUCAGGCAGAGUCGAAAAUGACAAUUGCGCCACACUCUAAGAUGUGA